UCAACAAUUUUUAUAGCCGAGGAUUGUCGCAAGUUUCGCUCUGUUAGUGUUGGCCACUCUUCCAGCUCGUACUUCGCACUGCCUACUAGUUUUUCCCCAAGAAAAAAAAUAUUCUAUGAUUUCAGAAUGAAUGUCUUCAAAUAUCAUCGCCGUUAUCGCCCACAAAUUCUCGGAGGGCUUCUCCUAAAUUUUUUGGUGGGUGAAGGGCCUUCUAUCAGUUGCAGAAUAGGGUCUAAACAAUGCUUUGCCACCCACUCAGAAGAUCUAGAGCUAACGGAAUUCAUGGAAUACUUGGAUUCCUUGAAGAACUACGAGAAGUUGGGUGUGCCCAGAGGCGCCGGGACGGAUUCUGAUGAUGGGUUCGAUCUCGGAAGGAUGAGAAGACUGAUGGAGCGGCUGGGUAAUCCACAAUCCAAGUUUAAGGCCAUUCACAUUGCGGGAACCAAGGGAAAAGGGUCGACUGCUGCCUUCCUGUCUAACAUUUUACGAGCAGAGGGAUACUCUGUUGGCUGUUAUACUAGUCCUCAUAUUGAAACUAUAAGGGAACGUAUUUCACUCGGAAGAUCUGGAGAGAUGGUCUCUGGGAAGGCACUAAACUCUCUUUUCAAAAGGAACAAAGAGUUUCUUGACCAGUCAGUUGAAUUUGAAAAUGGGCGUAUUAGUCAUUUCGAGGUCCUUACUGCUAUGGCAUUCUCACUCUUUGCACAAGAGAAUGUUGAUGUUGCAGUCAUUGAGGCUGGACUUGGUGGUGCACGAGAUGCAACAAACAUAAUUUGCAGCUCUAGACUUGCUGCUGCAGUCAUAACUUCAAUUGGAGAGGAACACAUGGCUGCCCUAGGUGGCUCUUUGGAGAGCAUUGCAAUGGCAAAGGCUGGAAUAAUUAAACACGGUUGUCCGACUAUAUUGGGUGGUCCUUUCCUUCCAAGUAUUGAGUGCAUUCUUCACGAUAAAGCAUUAUCCAUGUCUUCGUAUGUAAUAUCUGCCUCAUAUCCUGGACAUAGAAGUACUAUAAAAGGUGUAAGCCUGCUUGAUGGAAGACUUUGCCAAUGCUGCGACAUAGUAAUUCAAAUAGACAAUGAAUUCAUUGAGUUAUUGGAUGUCAACCUCCGCAUGCUUGGACGUCAUCAACUUCAGAACGCAGCAACUGCAACUUGUGCUAUUCUCACUCUCCGCAAUUUAGGUUGGAGAAUUUCGGAUUCCUCAAUUAAGACUGGACUAGAGCAAACAUUCUUGGUCGGUAGGAGCCAUUUCUUAUCAGCAAAGGAGGCUGGGGUUCUUGGACUACCUGGAGCAACAAUAUUGCUGGAUGGAGCCCACACCAAAGACUCUGCCAAAGCAUUAGUGGACACCAUUCAGAUGACUUUUCCGGAGGCACGGUUGGCUCUCGUGGUUGCAAUGGCUAGCGAUAAGGAUCACGUUGGUUUUGCCAGAGAAUUUCUUCAAGGUGGAAAAUUGGAGUCCAUUAUCUUGACUGAAGCUAAUAUUGGUGGAGGCAAAUCAAGGACAACUUCAGCUGCCAUUCUAAGAGACUGCUGGAUCCAAGCAGCCAAUGAAUUGGGGAUCCCAAUUUCUCUAGAAACUAAAGAUGCACUGGUCUCCUCCACAAGCAAACUCGAAAGCAGACCGAUAUUAACUACCGAGACCUCGUUAUUACAUGCCAUGAAAAUUGCUGCUGAGAUUCUCAAGCAGAGAACGGAAGGGCGAGCAGGUCUUACCGUAGUAACUGGGUCGCUGCAUGCUGUUUCAAUGGUGUUAUCUUCUCUCCAUUCUUGAAGUAGUUACAUAUGAAAGCACUUCAUUUGGAUGUACUUUCAAGCAAAGUUCCCGAGUCUAAAAAUCAUUGUGGUAGAAUGUUUCCCAUAAAUUCAAUGAGGUGUAAACUUAAUGGCACAGAAAAGUAAUAAAAUUUGGUUCCAUUUAUGGUCAAA